UGUCUCGGUGGGGCUACGUGACUUGGGACACAUCCAGCCCUCUCUUCCUUCUCUUGGGCGUUAGCUGGGCUAUAUAAAGAGGAAGCUACCUCCUUCUGAACCCGCUGCAAGCCCAGACAGCAAGGUUCACACCUGCUGCUGCUGCCAUGGCAAAUAUGGGAUUCUUCCAGUUGCUACAGAAGAAAAAAGAACUUAUUCCUCUGAUUACGUUUGUGAGCUUCGCCGGAUUCGCGGCAGCCUUUUCUAUGGUGCACGCCUUCAGAAAAAGUGAUGUGAUUGUAGACAAACGUGGUAAUCCCGAACCAUGGGAACAUGUGGAUCCUACAAAACCCCAGAAGCUGAUAACAAUCAACCAGAAAUGGAAGCCCAUAGAAGAGCUGGAAAAGGUCCGGAAAAUGGUGAAGUGAUCCAGAAGCGGGCUUUCCAGAUAACACUCUAUGAAUCUAGUGGAAUCAUUUCUGCACAAACUAGAGGAUUGAAACCAGUGUGCGGAAAUGCUUCUGCUACAUUUCUAGAGUCUCCCUCCAUUUUUUUUUUUUUUUUGGACUCUGGAUGAGAACGUUCCGGUUUGGUUUGCAAGUUCCCCUUAAGGCAUCCACGCAGUCCAGAAAUAAAGAGCCAGUCAUGCUUGCGACAGCCACGUUCGUUUUGAAGCACGGUGUUUGCCGUUUGACGUUCUAGCAGGAGGUAAAAGCCUUUCGUAAGCUUUCAAAGAGUUGUGUUAUUCUUGUCUGAAGUGAUGCUAUGUUAUUUGUGAUGCUUUCAAUAAACUUU